UUAUGCAGCUACAAUUGAUGCGUGCAAUGUGAUUGCAGAGACCAUGGAACAACAAAAUUAUUUCUGUUUUAAUCGUGGUUCUGUUCAAAAUUACCGCACCUAGGGAGAACAUUACAUAAGGAUUGGAACUCAUUUUUUUCCUUUUUCAGUAGCUUAUACUUAUUAGAAUGACUUAUCUGAAUAUCACUUUUUUGGGGGUGAAGGGGCUUGAAUUGAUACUGUCAGAGAAUUUCACUUCAGUCUCUGUAAUGCAAGCUGUUGGCUCAGUCAUGACUAACAAGUACAACGAAGGAUAUCCUGGUGCAAGAUAUUAUGGUGGAAAUGAGUACAUUGAUAUGGCAGAAAGACUAUGUCAGAAACGUGCCCUCAAGACAUUUAGGUUGGAUCCAGCUAAAUGGGGAGUGAACGUUCAGCCUCUAUCUGAGUCUCCUUCAAAUUUUUAAGUUUAUACUGCAUUGCUAAAACCUCAUGACAGAAUCAUGGCACUUGAUCUUCCUCAUGGUGGACAUCUUUCUCAUGGAUACCAAGUAUUUUCAAUUUUCAUCAUCCA